GCGCACCUGCCGGGGGCUCUGACCCGCGGGCCGGCGGGUGGCGCGCACAGGUGGCGGCGAUUGGGCAGGCGGGGCCCGGAGGGUGACGUCACGGGCUCCAGUCCCGGCGGCAGAAAUAGGGCAGCCGCGGCGACGGUGGCACAGCAGCGGCCAGCGGCGGCUCAGAGAGCUGGAGCCUCCCCCGCCCGCGAGCGCCCCAGCCCCGCCGACAGCCGGAGAGACCGAUCCAAAGCCGCGGGGCCGGUCGCCGCCGCCGCCACCACGGGGCGCCCCCUCGCUGCCGCCCGGAUCCGGCCCCCCGCUCUGCCCCUCGGCCCCGGCCGCCGCAGACUCAUCAAAAUGAAACCUGGAGGCUUUUGGCUGCAUCUCACGCUGCUCGGGGUCUCCCUGCCUGCUGCACUGGGAUGGCCGGACCCGGGAACCAGCAGAAGCCUGAACGCCAGCGGGGGGGAGUUCCAGGCAGAGGGAUCCAGAAGCUUUGAAGUCACAAGAAGAGAAGGGCUUCCUGGGCACGGGCCACUGGCGUCCUGCAGGAAGAAGUCGUGUGGCCGUGGGAGCCGAUGUGUGGUCAGCCAUGAGACUGGGGAGCCCUCCUGUCAGUGCCUGGAGGCAUGCAGGCCCCGCUACCUGCCCGUGUGCGGCUCCGAUGGGCGGCUCUACGAGAACCACUGCGAGCUCCACCGGGCUGCCUGCCUGCUGGGACGGAGAGUCGUUGUCAUCCCUAGCAAGGACUGUUUCCUCAAAGGUAACACGUGCACCAUGGCCGGCUAUGCCCGCCUCAAGAAUGUCCUCCUGGCCAUCCAGAUCGGCCGGCAGCCCCUCCAAGGAGGCGACCACAGGCCCGACCCUGCCGCCCAGAAGCGCCUCCUGGUGGAGUCUCUGUUUAAGGACUUGGACACAGAUGGAAAUGGCCGCCUCACCAGCUCUGAACUGGCUCAGCACGAGCUGAAGAAGCAGGACCUGGACGGGGACUUGCUGGGGUGCUCGCCAGGUGACCUCCUCCGAUUUGACGACUACAACAGCGACAGCUCCCUGACCCUGCGCGAGUUCUACACGGCUUUCCAGGUGGUUCAGCUCAGCCUCGCCCCUGAGGACAGAGUCAGUGUGACCACGGUGACUGUGGGCCUAAGCACAGUUCUGACCUGCGCCAUCCGCGGAGACCUGCGGCCACCCAUCAUCUGGAAGCGCAACGGGCUCCCCCUGAACUUCCUAGAUUUGGAGGACAUCAACGACUUCGGAGAAGAGGACUCCCUGUACAUCACCAAGGUGACCACCGUCCACAUGGGCAAUUACACCUGCCACGCUUCAGGCCACGAGCAGCUGUUCCAGACCCACGUCCUGCAGGUGAAUGUGCCGCCAGUCAUCCGUGUCUAUCCAGAAACGCAGGCCCAGGAGCCCGGGGUGGCGGCCAGCCUGAGGUGCCAUGCAGAGGGCAUUCCCACGCCCAGAAUCACGUGGCUGAAAAACGGCAUGGAUGUCUCGGCCCAGAUGUCCAAACAGCUCUCCCUCUUGGCCAACGGGAGUGAGCUCCACAUCGGCAGCGUCCGGUAUGAGGACACGGGCGCGUACACCUGCAUCGCCAAGAACGAAGUGGGUGUGGAUGAAGACAUCUCCUCGCUCUUCAUCGAGGACUCGGCCAGGAAGACCCUGGCAAACAUUCUUUGGAGAGAGGAAGGCCUCAGUGUGGGAAACAUGUUCUAUGUCUUCUCCGACGACGGCAUUGUCGUCGUCCAUCCUGUGGACUGUGAGAUCCAGAGGCACCUCAAACCCACAGAGAAGAUCUUCAUGAGCUACAAAGAGAUCUGUCCCCAAGAAGGCGACGCCACCCAGCGGUGCCAGUGGGCGUCUGCAGUCAACGUCAGGAACCGGUACAUCUACGUGGCCCAGCCAGCACUGAGCAGAGUCCUUGUGGUCGACGUUCAAGCCCAGAAGGUCCUACAGUCCAUAGGUGUGGACCCCCUGCCAGCUAAGCUGUCCUAUGACAAGUCGCAUGACCAGGUGUGGGUGCUGAGCUGGGGGGACGUGCACAAGGCCCAGCCGAGCCUGCAGGUGAUCACGGAAGCCAGCACUGGCCAGGGUCAGCACCUCAUCCGAACACCUUUCUCGGAAGUAGACGACUUCUUCAUUCCCCCAACGAACCUCAUCAUCAACCACAUCAGGUUUGGCUUCAUCUUCAACAAGUCUGAACCCACGGUGCACAAGGUGGACUUGGAGACGCUGACGCCGCUCAAGACCAUCAGCCUGCAGCGCCACGGCUGUGUGCCCGCCGCCAUGGCCCACACCCACCUGGGCGGAUACUUCUUUGUCCAGUGCCGCCAGGACGGCCCUGGGCCCACGCCCCCCCAGCUGCUCAUCGAUGGCGUCACAGACUCCGUGCUGGGUCCCAAUGGGGAUGUGACAGGGACCCCCCACGUGUCCCCCGACGGCCGCUUCAUCAUCAGUGCCACCACCCACCACCCCCGGCUCUACGUGCAGAAGGUCACCGUGCGGGGUGAGCUCCAGACCCUCUAUGACCUGAAAAUAAGCCCGGGCAUCUCGGACCUGGCCUUCCAACGCUCCUUCACUCGGGCCAAUCAGUACGACGUCUACGCCACCCUGGAGACUGUGCCGGACCUGCUCUUCCUGGAGCUGUCCACGGGGAAGACGGGCACACUGAAGAACACCAAGGAGCCCCCCACGGGAUCAGCCUGGCCCUGGGGGGGACCCCGCAGAGUCCUGCGGGACAGCGGGUUGUUUGGACAGUACCUGCUCACACCAGGGCAGGAGUCUCUGCUCCUGAUCAAUGGCAGGCGACAGGCGCUGCGGUGUGAGGUGUCAGGUGUGGGGCAGGCGGCUGCCGUGGUGUGGGUGGGCGAGGUAUGAGGGGCCCCAGGCCGGCAACACUGCCCGGGCCCUGACACCACAGCCCCCACCGGCACGCUGUACAUUUUCACACAGACAAAAAAGCAAACACCCGUAUCUGCUUUGUGGUUCAACACUGGUCUCCUUGCAAGUUUCCUAGUUUAAGGUCUGCGCUGCUCCUGGAGGGGGUCUUUUCGGUAGAGAGUGUGAGUGUCGCCUUGAGCGGUGAUGGGGACUGGGACACUGCUGCCAGGUGAGUGAAUCACGCCAUGUCGCCUGGGGACACCUCGGACGGAGGGAUCCUGCUGCCCAGGCUGACACUUCUAUCGGUGGCCUUCACUGUCAUUGUCCUGUCCUGCAAAGCCUGGGACAGCAGGGGCAGGAAGCAGGGCUGAUCGGGGAGCGGGACCCUCCCUCCUCCUCUCCCAGCCACUCAAGGCCACCUGCCCUGGCUCGCUCAUUGGAGACCUCGCUUCCCUGCUCUCCGCUGCUGCUUGCUUUCCUUUCCAUCUGACUUGUCGUCUGAUGCGACUACACCUCGGGGGACGGGGAAACCACUCACUUUAUUUUGGAAAGUUUUGAUUAAAAAAAUACUUUUUUAUAAUCUCUAAUGCUAGUACACAGCAAGACGCUCUUUGAGGUUCAGCUGUAUUCUUCCCUGCCUUAGGCCACGUCUCUUGGGGUCACUGCUGCAUGUUCCACACAGCCAGAAGGACAGUGGUCAUCCAGCCACAGUGCGUGCACUGCCGCUGCCACCCAACUCCCCAAAUGCAGACUCUGUCCUUUGUGGGGACCCCCAGAGACCAGAACAAGCCCUGUGUGCCUGCUCCUCACCAUGCAAAGGGGACAUUUCAUUGGUCAGGCUCCAUGCCCCAGAUUCAGGGCAGACGCGUGCUGCCUGACCAAGUACAGGUGGCCUCUUAGCCCAGCACAGAAGCCCUAGGACACAAAUGUCCCUCGGGGCUCAGGAGGCCCCCCUUGUAAAGCUGGAUUUCUUCUCCCCCUGUGCCCUGGAUCUUCUCUCUUGCCCCAGCCCUCCAUCAGCGCUGCCUCUGCUUUCUGGCGUGAUCACUCUGUAAACCCGAGAGGCUGGGAGAGGUGGCCCCGCCCAGAUGCCCCGCCUACCUUACCACCUUCGCCUGCCACUGUUGCCGUGACUGCAAACACUGUCUCACCCUCGACACAGCCAGCUCCUUUUCUGCUCCCACUGCCCAAGCCGCCUGCCCCCUGCCUAGUUCCCCAACACUGGUCAACUCUCUCUCGUGCCGCCUGUCCCCUCCAACCCAGUGUGCCUACCCGUGAGUGUUCACAUUGAUUUGUUUUAAAAGUUAAGACAUUCAGAUACAGACUGGGAGUACUGACUGCCAAAGCUGGGGUGGCAAGAUAACACAUGGGCCUUUCCUCCCCCCGCACCUCAAUAUCUUAAUAUCUGAACUCCCAAACUUGCCGUGUUUAUCACUGAAAUUCUCCAAUGUUCAUGAACUUCUCCUUUUGGUAAAAUAAUGUCUGCCCCUGAUAGAAGACAAGUCUCGAGCCUAGGAGAGAAAGACCCCGCACCCCAACUGCAAGGCCAGAACAGCAGCCCCUCUGCAUCACAGGAUUCCCACGGCAAAGACAAGCUGAUCCACGCUGGCCUUUCAGAUGCGAAUGCUGUUGUCUGACCCAGGCCUGCCUGGGGCCGGCUCCACACCAGCCCUGCUCUGUCGCUGCUGCUCCCAGCUCUGAGUGCACCUGGGAAGCAGGUCUGCCUGUCCCCGUCCUCAUGAUAAAGGGGACAAGAGAUGGUGGCCAGCAUGCGGGACAAAACUGACUCAGAUCAGGACAUCACAGGCUGAAAGCCUCGUUCUGCUGCAGGAAUCCAGCCCAGAGUCACAAAAACAGGAGGACAGAUUUUUCCAGCCCUGAAACCAACAGAUCUGCCAGGAAGGGAGGCCGGGGGCAGUCGGGCAGACCUGCCUGCUCUUCCUCCCACACUUUAGUCCCAGAAGCGGCUCACAAGCACCAUCCAAAAGCCACCCAGGUGGGUGACACCGUGACAGGUGGGCCUCCGCCAGCCACCCCAAAAGUGCUCAUCCUAACAGACACAAGGAUCAGCAGCCAACAGCUCAAGCUAUUCAAGAAAGGCUGGUUUACCAAAAAAAAUCACCAAGCAGCUACUUCCAUAUACUUCAUCCGUCAACAGGUCUCCCCGCCCCCUCCACACACACACACACACACACACACAUAAAUAGUGUGAACCUGCGGCCACAGGCAGGCCUUGAAAAGGAGGUCCUUGUUCUCUUUCUGGCCGAGCGGGCCAGGCUUUGCAUGAAGGUUCCAGAUCCCAAAGCCCAUCCAGCCACCCCUGGAAGGACAGCAUGGCUAGGGUCAACAGAAGGAACCUCCUGCAUAAGCAGACCCAAGGGCUGGCCACACUGACAUGGUGAAGGCCACUGUCCCAGGCUCAGCAGCACUGACCCAACCCUGCUGAUGCACACCAAUUUCUUCCACUCCUGAGCCACUCACCAGUCCCGAGAUCUGGCCCGGACCACAGGAGGAGGCUGGAAGAGCCUUCUGAAGUCUUGACUGGGACCAGCUACUCAGCCCGACCCCCAGGUCCUCUGACCUGCAGGAAGCACGGCCAGGACCAGCAGCUCAGCCCCUGCACUUCCCGCCCCACCAGCCAUCCCAUCUCCCUGCUCGAGUGUGCCAAGAAAGGGCUCCUAGCCCCAGGGAGGCACCCCAGAAUACAGCGUGCAACCCCAAAUAAAGCCAGAGACAGCCUGCACCGAGGAACACUAUCUCCAGGGGGUCUCCACUGAGGACAGCAGCCAGGAACUGGCUUUGUGCAGCCACGUCUUCUCGUUUUCUAUUGACCAAUAACCUGUGAACUAAAGGAGAUUUCAGAACUGAGAUAUGAAACAGAUUCAUUCUGAAUAUAUUUUUCUACAAGGAGCUUAACAGUGUCGUGCAUUCAUUUUUCACAGUGUGGUUCACUCAGAUGCCAUGGGCGCUGGACCAUCUUCACUAGGAAAACCCCCUAACCCUCCAACCUGCCCUUUCAGAAGCCUCCAGGGGCGCUGACCGCCCCCUCCCUCCUAUGCAUCCACCAAUCUACCUCACAUUCCCCCCCUGCACCAGGACCCACACACACAAAUGCUGCCCCCGGCCAGGAAGCCAGACAGGUGCUGUCGGCUGAUGCAGCGCCAAUGAGGAGGCCCCUCCCUCCACCCCUGCUCCCACUCCUAGGCGCGGUCAGACCCCCUCAGGACCCGGCGCCUUGCUGCCCAGAAUCUGCCCAGGCCCAGGCACAGUCUGCAAUUAGGUGGUCAAGAUCAGGAAAUGCUCGCUCAAAACUAGAAGGCAAAUCGGCAUCUCUGCAGUGCCGUGGCUCUCGGGGCUGGGAGCUCCCGAUGCCCCUCCAUUCCCUUUCAUCCUCCUGCUCUUGUUCCCUGCCUGUGUCUCCGCUCUCUGCUCACCAGCCACUCCACAGCAGCUGCCACCACUCCAGAGCAGUGGACCUCGCCACUGUGCUGGCCACCAGGCAGGCGCCUCUGCCGAGGAUACUUUGCCGUGAGAAGUCAUUUGAAGGCCAGAUGCUCGGAUCUGCUCUGAGACUGGCAUGUCGGCAAAGCUGUUUUGUCUAAGGAACUCAAUAACUGCCUUGUUUUCUCUCUACAUCCCAAGGAUCAUAAAACAGAGAAGCUUAAAAGAUGCAAAUGGAAAAAAAUGUAUAUGUAGUGCCUAUCCUCAGGGUGUGACUAUGAGACUCCUGGUAGCUGGUGGACCACACCCACUUCCUAGAAGGAUCUGUCUGUCUACACCAGCUGACCUGUCAGGUCUCUUGAGGAUCUGAACAUCCUGUCUGGGCCUGCAGGCUUUGGGCAGGGGCCACCCAGCUGAUACCUAGAGCUGAGCAAGCACUGUCUUAUGCCUCUGUCUCCUCCUUCAGGGGUGUGGCAGCCAGCAGCAAGGCCUCUUCUAAUCAGACAGGGAGUGGAGACUCAUGGGAAAGUCAGGGACAGCGGGGAUUAACUUCCAAAAUUCACAGCAAGGCUUCCUGGGCCAACGCCAGUGUCUGGACUGGUUUUUUGGGUUUUGUACACAAAGGCACCAAUCACGCAUCCUUCUUUUUAAGCUCACCUUGGUGGAUAUGGGACCAUUCUUUUCCCAUGUGGCUCCAGAGAUGUGGGUCCGGCUCUAGAAGCCUCUAGAGCACUCAGCCUGCCCUCCAUAAAGCAAAAACAAGGGUCUGGCCUCUGUGCCAAGCCUGAGGACUCGUGGCCCUCCACGUGUCACUGCCACAGCAGCAGGGUCAGAGCGUGUGCUCUUUGGAGGCACCGCCUUCCAAAGCAGGGCUUUGUUCUUGAGAGUAACCCAGGCAGUAUGGGCCAGCUGGGAGGCCUAGAGCUGCAAGAUGCAAACAUUCCCUCACGCUAAACCUUCAUCCAGGGCCCGGUGUGGCACCUGCGGGCACAUGAAGAACUGCUGGUCUCCGCUACUUCUGAGAGGCAAGGGUAAUAGGCCUGCAGGCCGCGCCCUGGCCCACUGCACCCUCAGCGCCCGGCUCCCAGGCUGGCCAGCCUCCCUCUCCCUUCCCACCCGGCCCAUCGCUCCCCAUCUUUCUGCUGCUGCUGCUUGCGCUUUUCUGAAGGUCCUGUGAGAUGAUCUAAAGCAGAACUGGGCAUGGAGUUUUGCUGAAGUGGCCGCGCACUGACUCACGCUUUGUGUUACCCCAGUGACCGCCCCCCAAAACAGGAAGCCACACGCACCAUUUGUCCUGUUAAGGGUCCCCCCGCCCCCCCUCCCCCAGAAAACUUUCCGAUCUCUCAUGUCAAGGCAGGUUGCGUUGUGUUGAGCAGUUGUGUAAACUCCAAAAUAUAUUUUCUGUAAUCACUGGUAUUUCUCAAAAGGCCUCCUGUAAUUAUUAUACAUGUGAAUUUUUUCCUUAUUUAUAAAAUAUAUAUAAAUUAUUUUUAAUACAUCAACUUUAGUAGAAAUUUGUACCAACACAGUAACCGUACGUGGCAUUUGAAAUAAGUUUGUGUUUACUUUGAUGUAUGACACGGUAUGGAACACAUGACGUAUUUGCAGUACCACUUGAUUUAAAAAAAUGACUCACAGAUUAUCAUAAAGUAUUGUCAUUGUAAAUGCUCUUUUUCUGAGGAUUUUACAAUAAAACGAGAAAACUGA